AUGGAAAAAUUCCAUAUAGUAAGUUGGAAUGUGAAUGGAUGGAAAAGAAGUACUGAAUUAAUAAAAAAAAAAGAUGGUAAUUUAUUUGAAUUUUUAAAGAAAUUAGAUAUCGAUAUUCUAUGCUUACAAGAAACAAAAACAAAUGAUUCUGUUAUUGAAAAUGAUUUUAAUUUAAUAGAUGCAUAUUCUGAUAACUAUGAAUCUUAUUGGAAUUGCUGCAAAAGAAAAAAUAAUGAGAAAACUUUCAAAGGAUAUUCAGGAAUUGCUACAUAUGUAAAUAAUAAAACUAAAAUUAUAUGUUCUACAAAUAAACCUUUCAAAAAUUUUUCCUUUUUUAUAAAUAAUGUUUCAAAAAAUGAUUUGCUGAUUAAAAGAAAAUCAAAAAUAGAUGGUUCUUCCAUAUCCUUUUUUUUGAUUAAUGAAGAUAAUAAUAAUAAUGACAAAACUAUUAUUAAAAAUAAUUUCACAAAAAAUAAUAUAAUUAAUUCUUUGAAUACUAAUAAUAGCACUGAAAGGUCUAAGUAUGAUAAUAAAAAUUGCAUAAAUAGAGAAAAAGAAAAUACGCAUUUUCUAAAAAGCGUAAGUGAUUUUUUCAAUGAAGGGAGAAUAUUAAUUACAAUUCAUAAAAAUUUUAUAGUAGUUAAUAUAUAUGUACCAUAUUCAGGUAAUAAUUACGAUAGAAUAGAUUACAAAAUGAAGUUUCUUCAUGCUGUUAGAGCAAAACUAAUACAACUAAGAAUCACAACAGGUUUACCAAUAAUAUUAUUAGGUGAUUUUAAUGUGUCCUAUAGAAAUAGAGAUGUUUAUUAUUUAAAUAAUAUUAUUAAUUUAAAUAAAUUGUUAGAAAAUAUUGAGAAAAUUAAUUUGAAGGAAGAUUUAAAAAACAAAAUUAGACAGAAGUUACCAAUAAUAAUUGAUAAACUUAAAAGUAAAAACAAUUUUGUAAUAAAAAAACAAAAAACAGAAAAUAGUGAAUUUUUUCAUUUUUUUCUAAAUUUCGAUGGUAAUUUAAAAAAAAUUGGAAAAAAUUUUAGUUCACUAGAAGAAAUUUUUUUUUUUUUUUCUUUAGAUACAAUUUCCAUAGAAGAUAAAUAUAUAAAUUACCCUAAUGAAUACUAUUUUUUUCUUAAUAAUUCUAUGAAUAUUUCGGAAUCAACAUAUAAAAAUGAUAAUUUUGAAGACAAGGGAAAAAUAAAUGAACAUAUGGAUAAUUUUGAAAUGGAUUCAAAAUUAAAAAUAAACUAUAUGCCCAAAGAUAAAAGCAAUCAAAAUUUUAUUUUGAGUAAUAAUAAUAACUAUAAUAAUAAUAAUAAUUUCAUUGAAAAGGACUAUAUUAAUUUGUUUAAUUCUAAUUCAUCAUGUGUAAUUGACAGUUGUAAUAUUAAUUAUAACAAAAAAUAUUUAAAUAAAAUCGUAGAAAAUGAUGCUAAGUUUAACAAUGUAAAAGAAAAACUUACAACAGAUUAUGAAUUAAAGAAAAACUAUGAAUCUUUUUCUAUUAAUAGUGAAUAUAUGCUUAGGAAUAUUACAAAAAAUAAGAACAAAGAAAUGGAAGAAUAUUUCUUAAAUAAUAAUGAAAAUAUAAAAUAUAAUGAAAGAUUAAAAAACAAAAUUAAGAGUUGUAAGAAAAUAUUAUGUAGAUAUAAAUUUAAGAGUUGUUUAAAAGGAAAAUAUAUAGUUAAAAAUGAAAACUGUUUAUAUUUAAAGCAUUUAAAUGAUAUAUUUUUAUCAUUAGAUAUAGUUCUUUCAAAGGAUGAUUUAUUAAAUAUAGCUAACAGUGUGGGUUCUUCUUCUUCACCAAAAUGUUGCACAGAUUUUUUGAAAAACUUAAUUUUUGAAGAUAACAUGAUUGAUACCUUCUCUUAUUUUCAUAAUACAAUUAAUGGAAAAUUCACAUGUUGGGAUACAUAUAAGCAAUAUAGAGUAACGAAUGAAGGAUCUCGAAUUGAUUAUAUUUUAAUUGAUUAUAUUAUCUAUGAAAAAUUCAUAAAGGAAUACAAUUAUUUAUAUGAAUCACCAAUUAUUUUAAAUGAUGAGAUAAAAAAAUUAUUAUUAAAAAAUGGUAAAAAUAAUGACAUUAAUUAUGAUUAUAUAAAUUCAAUGGACAAUAAUAGAAAUUAUGCUAAUUAUUUUAAUAAACUAAAAAAAAAAAUAAAAUAUGAUUUCAAUGAAAAUGUAAAUAAUAGUGAAGAUGAUGAAUUUUAUGAUUUACAAUUUAAAUUUUUAAGUUACAUUGGUUUUAUAUAUACCUCACCAAAGUUAAGUGACCAUAUUGCAGUUAAUUGCACAUUUAUUAUCAAUGAUCACCUAACAAAAUCUACAAAAAAAAUUACAAAAAUAUGCUGUUCAGAUUAUGAUAUCUCUUUAAAAUAUAUUUGUAAUUCUUUAGAUCAAUAUAUUAUUUGCUUGCCGUUAUAUUUAAUUAAUUCUCCUAUUUUUUCUUUGUGUUGUUUUAUGUUUCUAAAUCAUAUGCAUUUACAUAGCAAUAUAUGCCAAAGUAUAACAGAAACUCAACCACACAAAAAAACAAAUAAAAUAACCAAAUAUUUUAGCAAAAAAAUAAAAUAA